AUGCUGGGCCACUUGCUCCUCUACGUGGCACUUCAAUUUUUGUCGAGCAUAGCCGCCCUACUCUUCUCCGGCCCGGACAACGCCGAGCUGAUCCCGUGGAACAAGGAGCACGGCCGUGUGAGCAAGGAGCAGACGGGAAAGAAAACAAAAUCGCCGGCCGCUUCACGGGCCAACCGCCAGCAUCUCAGCCCCAAGCAGGUCACCCAGCAGGAGUCGAAGUACUCGCCGGUCGUGCCGUCGGAUAGUGGAAGGGGCCGGGAUGGAAAUUCAAACCCCGAGCAGCCGCCGAAGCAGCAC